CUCUCCAGUUAACGGGCAUACGCGCUCCCGGUCUACAUCCGGUCGGGCUCGAGUGCCCGCCGCCUUCGGAGGAGACUGGCGGCAUUGAGUGCCGGCGGCGCGCAUGGACUGCCGCGUCCGAUCGGUGGGUGACAUUGGGACUGGACGAGACUGAUGCUCAGUUUUGCUUCAUUGCUUGAACAGACUCGCUCGGGGUUGGGAGGCAGCAGCACCUUCCCAAUCCCUGUAAAGCACUCUGCGUAAACCAAGCUGUUUGAAGGACAGAGAAAAGAGAAACUCCUUGCCUACCUUCCCAACGUUUUUCAUUUUGAGUAGAAAACUGACUUCACUCGCCAGGAAAGAUAGGCCUUAUGAGAAAGAGAGGAAAACGACAGCAAAAGCAACACAAUGACAUCGGCCACAGAUUUUGAUAAUGUAGAGAUUCAACAGCAGUAUAGCCACGUCAAUGCUCGGUGGGAACUCUCUGAUGAAGGUGAACUCGAUAAUGACAACAGCUCGGCGAGAUUGUUUGAACGUUCCAGGAUCAAAGCUCUUGCGGAUGAACGUGAAGUUGUGCAGAAGAAGACCUUCACCAAAUGGGUGAACUCUCAUUUGGCACGUGUGACUUGCCGCAUUACUGACUUGUACACCGAUCUUCGGGAUGGCCGCAUGCUCAUUAAACUGCUGGAGGUUCUUUCAGGGGAGCUACUGCCAAAGCCAACGAGAGGUCGGAUGCGAAUCCAUUGCUUGGAAAAUGUUGACAAGGCUCUCCAGUUUCUCAAGGAACAGAAGGUGCACCUGGAAAAUAUGGGGUCCCAUGAUAUUGUCGAUGGGAGCCACCGACUGACACUCGGACUUAUUUGGACCAUCAUUCUUCGCUUCCAGAUCCAGGAUAUCACGGUGGAAACCGAUGACUAUAGUGAGACUCGAUCAGCAAAGGAUGCGCUUCUCCUUUGGUGUCAGAUGAAAACAGCAGAAUACCCUAAUGUAAACAUCAGAAACUUCACAUCAAGUUGGAAAGAUGGCUUGGCAUUUAAUGCCCUUAUCCACAAACACAGGCCUGAUUUGAUUGAGUUUGACAAACUGAAAAAGUCUAAUGCCAUGCACAACUUACAGAAUGCCUUUGAUGUCUCCGAGAGGCAUCUGAAUGUGACCAAACUGUUGGAUCCUGAGGAUGUCUUUACAGAGAAUCCGGAUGAAAAAUCAAUCAUUACCUAUGUUGUGGCAUUUUACCAUUAUUUCUCCAAGAUGAAGGCAUUAGCAGUGGAGGGGAAAAGGAUUGGCAAGGUGCUGGACAGUGCAAUUGAAACCCAGAAAAUGAUUGAGAAAUAUGAAGAGUUGGCAUCUGACCUGCUAACGUGGAUCGAGCAAACCAUCAUUGUCCUCAACAGUCGGAAGUUUGCCAACUCAUUGACCGGAGUGCAGCAGCAGCUACAGGCCUUUAACACUUACCGCACAGUGGAAAAACCUUCAAAAUUCCAGGAGAAGGGGAACCUUGAAGUAUUGCUGUUCUCCAUCCAGAGCAGGAUGAGGGCAAACAACCAGAAAGUGUACACACCGCAUGAGGGCAAACUUAUCUCGGACAUUAAUAGAGGCUGGGAAAGACUGGAGAAGGCAGAGCACGAACGUGAGCUGGUCCUCAGGAAUGAACUGAUCAGGCAGGAGAAACUGGAGCAGCUAGCCCGCCGUUUUGAUCGCAAGGCCUUCAUGAGGGAGACCUGGCUGUAUGAGAAUCAACGACUGGUGUCGCAGGAUAAUUUUGGCUAUGAUCUUCCAGCUGUGGAAGCAGCAAUGAAGAAGCACGAAGCAAUUGAGACAGAUAUCGCUGCCUAUGAGGAACGUGUGCAAACCCUUGUGGAUGUGUCUCAGGAGCUGGAGGCUGAGAAUUAUCAUGACAUCACACGUAUUAAUGCCAGAAAAGAAAACAUCAUGCGCCUAUGGGAGUAUCUUUUGGAGCUGCUUAAUGCUCGGCGAGCAAGGCUGGAAAUGAAUUUAGCCCUUCAGAAGAUUUUCCAGGAGAUGCUUCAUAUUAUUGACUGGAUGGAUGAAAUGAAAAUACGGCUUUUAUCAGAGGAUUGUGGUAAACAUUUGAUGGGUGUAGAGGACUUGCUCCAGAAACAUGCACUGCAGGAAGCUGACAUUGUGGUUCAAGCAGAUAGAAUGAAAAUGAUCAACGCAGGAGCACUCAAGUUUACUGAAGGAGAAGGUUACACACCCUGUGAUCCCAAUAUAAUCAAGGAUCGUGUCAAUCAUCUGGAAUUGUGCUAUGAGGAGCUUUGUACAUUGGCAGCCGAAAGGAAAGCCCGCCUUGAGCAAUCACGCCGUUUUUGGACAUUCUUCUGGGAGAUGGCUGAAACUGAGAGCUGGAUUCGAGAAAGAGAGCAGAUCUUCUCAUCACAAGAUUAUGGGAAAGAUAUUACCAGCAUUAUGAUUCUGCAAAACAAACAUAAAACACUGGAAGAUGAAUUAGCUGGUCUCAGGACUCAACUGCAGCAAACAAUUAAACUGGGCAAUGAUAUGAUUGCAGAGAACCACUUUGCUUCACCUGAGAUCAAGAAACGCAUUGCGGAAGUUCUUGCGAUGUGGAAGGACUUGGAGGAAUUGGCGGCUUUCCGCAAGCAAAAUCUUCUGCAUGCUCAAAGCUGCUUCCAGUAUCAAGUGGAUGCAGAUGAUCUCAAAACCUGGUUACAGGACACUUACCGUAUUAUGUCUUCAGAUGAUGUCGGCCAUGACGAAUUUUCAACACAGACACUGGUGAAGAAACAAAGAGACCUUACAGAUGAAAUCAUGAAGUCUGCGACAGCAGUUGAUAGCCUAAAUAAACAGCUUCAGAGCCUCCCAGACGAAUUCAGAAAAUUACCAGAGAUAGUGGACCGACAGAGGGAGAUAAAGGAGCUCUAUACAGACCUGGUGGCCCUUUCAGAUCUCCGGAGGCAGCAACUCCAGGAUGCUCUCGCUCUCUAUGUGAUGUUUCGUGAAGCUGAUGCAUGUGAUUUGUGGAUGACUGAGAAAGAGAAGUGGCUGGAGGGAAUCGAGAUUCCAAAUAAAAUAGAGGAUUUGGAAGUGGUACAACACAGAUUUGAAACACUGGGACAAGAAAUGAACAAUCUGGAGUCUCGGAUCAAUGAAGUAAAUAAGGCAGCAAACCAUCUGAUAGAGAGUGGUCACCCCAGCACUCAGGAAGUUAAAACAUGUCAGGAUCAUGUGAACCAAAGAUGGAUGAUAUUCCAGAAGUUAUUUGGAUUGAAGAAGAACAAUGUGAACUCUGCAUUAAGCCUUCAGAAUUAUUAUCUUGAGUGUGAUGAGACGAAAGUUUGGAUCUGUGAGAAAAACAAGCUCAUUGAAUCAACUCUGGAUCUGGGAACUGACUUGGCUAGUGUUAUGACUAUUCAAAGGAAAUUGAGUGGGAUUGAGAGGGACCUGGCUGCCAUUGAAUCCAGACUUCCAGAAUUGCAGAAAGUAGCUCAUACAUUGGCAGAUGAAUAUCCCAAUCAUGCUCCUGAAAUCCUGAAAAGGCUUAAGGAAAUCAAUGAUGUUUGGGAUGAGUUGAAACACACUGUUCAAGGUCAUGAGGAAUCACUUGGCGAGGCCAGCAAAUUGCAGAAAUUUCUGCAAGACUUAGAUGACUUUCAGCAGUGGUUAUCCAAAACACAAAAAGCUAUUGCUUCUCAGGAAGAGCCAAACUCCUUACCUGAAGCAGAAAUGCUCCUCAGGCAACACAAUGCCAUUAAAAAUGAGGUGGAGCGCUAUGAAGAAGAUUACCAAAGGAUCAGAGAUAGUGGAAAUAUCAUAACUCGGGAAGAAACAGACCCACAGUUUGAAAUAUUAGAACAGCAAUUGAAGGGAUUGGAGACUGGUUGGAAAGAGCUUCAACAGAUGUGGGAAAACAGAAAAGAUCUUCUCUCUCAGUCUCAUGGAUAUCAGCAGUUCCUCAGGGACAGCAAACAAACAGACACCAUUCUCACCAAUCAGGAGUACAGCUUAAUGCAUGUUGAAAUGCCCAAAACGUUGGAGGCAGCUGAAGAUGCUUUAAAAAAGCAAGAGGGUUUUAUGACAAGCAUGGAUGCCAAUGAAGACAAAAUCAUUGGGACAAUUGAUGAAGGAGAAAAGCUCAUUAAAGAUGGAAAUAUUUUUAAAGACAAGGUGGUUGACAAGGUCAAAUCAAUCAAUGAAAGGUACAAAAAUAAUAAGAAGCAAGCUGAAGAGGUGACUGCACAUCUUAAAGAUAACCGAGAUCUUCAGCAUUUCCUACAGAACUGCCAAGAGCUUACUUUUUGGAUCAAUGAGAAGAUGCUAACAGCCCAGGACACUACUUAUGACGAGGCUCGCAAUCUCCACACAAAAUGGCAGAAACAUCAAGCAUUUAUGGCUGAGCUGGCAUCAAACAAGGAAUGGCUGGACAAAAUUGACGAGGAAGGAAAGCAGCUGAUGGAUGAGAAGCCAGAUUUUAAACCGGUUGUCUCGGAGAAACUGAAGGAACUGCAUGAUCAGUGGGAAAUCCUGGAUUCCACUACUAAAGACAAGGCACACCGGCUGUUCCAAGCAAAUCGAUCAGAGCUUUUCUCACAGGGCUGUGAAGACUUGAACAAGUGGAUGGAUGACCUGGAGUCACAGCUGCAUUCUGAAGACUUUGGAAAGGACUUGACCAGUGUCAAUAUCCUGCUGAAAAAGCUACAGAUGACGGAGAAUCAAGUGGAAGUGCGACAGAAAGAGGUGGAGGAUCUUCUAAGUCAGGCCACAAUUCUCUCCCAAGAAAGACAAUUGGAGACUGAUGGGAAGGAAAAGAAAAUAGAGAAGAGGUUCUUACAGCUGAUGAGCCCACUGCAGAAACGGCGUCAAAGUCUUCUCUCAUCAAAGAGGAGUUUUCAGUUUUUUCGGGAUCUGGAAGACGAAUCUCUUUGGGUGAAGGAACGAAUGCCCUUAGCAACGAGCACAGACCAUGGCCACAAUCUACAGGCGGUGCAGCUCCUAAUGAAAAAGAAUAAGACUUUGCAGAAGGAGAUUCAAGGGCAUCAGCCACGUAUAGAUGAUGUGUUAGAAAGGGGAGAAAAGAUGAUUGCAGAUCAAAGGCCCGAUGCAGCUACUAUUGAAGAGCAAUUGGAAGAGUUGAAAGGAUUGUGGGAAAAACUACAGGAAGAAGCAGAGAAAAGGCAAAAGCGUCUGGAAGGAACAAAUGAAGCCCAGCAAUAUUAUCUUGAUGCUGCAGAAGCUGAAGUUUGGAUGAGUGAACAGGAACUCUACAUGAUCUCUGAUGAUAAACCAAAGGAUGAAGCCAGCGCAACUUCAAUGUUGAAGAAACACAUGACCGUGCAGCAGGCUAUAAUGGAUUAUGGAAAGACUAUUCAGGAGCUUGCUGACAGGGCCCAGAAGCUUCUUGCUGAAGACCACCCAGAGGGUGAACAGAUCAUUAGGCGUCAGGGGCAGGUGGACAAGCUGUAUGCAGGACUCAGAGAUCUAGCAAGUGAGCGUAACAAAAAAUUGGAGGAUAUGCACAAUCUCUUCCAGUUGAACCGUGAGGUAACGGACCUGGAGCAAUGGAUUGCAGAAGGAGAUCUAGCAGCAUCUUCACAGGAGCUAGGACAAGACUUUGAUCAAGUUACAAUGCUGAGGGAAAGGUUCCGCGAGUUUGCCCGGAAAACAGGGUCAAUUGGUCAGGAAAGAGUGGACAACGUGAACAAUCUGAUCGAUGACCUUAUUGACGCGGGUCACUCGGAGGCGGCUGACAUUGCAGAGUGGAAGGACAGCCUGAACGAAGCCUGGGCUGAUCUUCUGGAACUGAUAGACACGAGGACACAGCUGCUGGCUGCCUCCUAUGAACUCCACAAAUAUUUCUAUGAUGGUAAAGAGCUCCUGAGCCUGAUCCAGGAAAAGCACAAGGAGUUGCCAGAGGAGCUUGGCCGCGAUGCGAACACAGCAGAGUCUUUCCACAGGAUGCACAAUGCAUUUGAACGUGACAUUCAUUCCCUGGGAAUACAGGUUCAGCAGUUCCAAGAUGAUGCAGGACGUUUGCAAGCAGCUUACGCAGGGGAUAAAGCUGCAGCAAUCCAGAAACAAGAGCAAGAGGUGGUUGAGGCCUGGAAGGCACUUCUGGAUGCUUGUGAUGGUCGGCGCACCCAGUUAGUUGACACCGCUGAUAAAUUCCGCUUUUUCAGUAUGGUCCGGGAUUUGAUGUCAUGGAUGGAGAGUAUCGUAAGGCUCAUUGAAACAGAAGAAAAACCACGUGAUGUCUGUUCUGUGGAGCUACUGAUGAAGUACCAUCAAGGAAUCAGAGCAGAAAUUGAUGCCAGAAACAGAAAUUUUGUGUCCUGUAUUGACUUGGGCAAGAUGAUGUUAGCCCGCAAACAUCAUGCUUCUGAAGAGAUUAAGGAGAAGCUGGUACAACUCACGGAGAACAGAAGAUUGAUGAUGGAUAAGUGGGAUGAACGCUGGAAGUGGUUACACCUUUUACAAGAAGUAUGUCAGUUUGCAAGGGAUGCUUCAGUUGCUGAAUCAUGGCUGAUUUCUCAGGAGUCCUAUCUCAUCAGCCGUGAUAUUGGCAACAGUGUGGAUGCAGUUGAAAAACUGAUCAAGAGACAUGAGGCCUUUGAAAAAUCAACGGCUACGUGGGAUGAGAGGUUUGCUGCACUGGAAAGACUCACCACUUUGGAGUUACUGGAGAUUCGGAAAAGACAAGAAGCUGCCAGGCAGAGCCAGGAAGCCCAAGCACAGCCUGAGGCACAACUAGAUCAUGAGCAAAAAACACCCGAUGCAACUCAUGAAGAGAAGGCACAGAAAGAGGGGUGGAACAUGGAAGUUCAGAAGGCAGCAGAAAUAACCCCUCAGGUAACAGAAGAACCAUCACUGAUAACUACAUCCGAGGAUUUGUCCAACAUGGUAAAUGGUACUGACAGCCCAGAAGAUAAAACUUUGGAGAGUGAAGAAAAAUUAGAGUUUGAAGAGCAGUCUUAUGAAAGGUCCACCAAGCUUCAACCUCUGAUAUUGCCUGCAAUGGAAAUAGACAAGCCCAGAACAUCAGCUACACUUCCCAGUUUUACCACAAGAGAAGAAGUUGCCCAGCUGGAGGGAUAUCUGGGACGUAAACAUGAACUGGAAGGACCUAACAAGAAGGCAUCAAACAGGUCAUGGAUCACCUUGUACUGUGCCCUGAAGAGUGGUGAAUUUUACUUCUACAAAGACACAAAGAAUUAUAGUGCGGGUGUAACAUACCAUGGAGAGGAGCCACUGAAUCUGAAAGAUGCUAUUUGUGAAGUGGCUGCUGAUUACAAGAAGAAAAAGCAUGUAUUUAAACUGCGGUUGAACAACGGGUGUGAGUACCUAUUCCAUGGCAGAGAUGAGGAGGAGAUGCACAACUGGAUCCACAAUCUCAAUGUAGCAAUUGCAGAACAUAAAAAGCCACAGAGUCCAUAUCAGGGAGAUGUCAGGGGACAUACCCUCCCUCUCCCCUCUGUGACUGGUCAAGAAACGAGUCCCUGCAAAAAGGACAAAGAGAAAAGAUUCAACAUUUUUGCAAAAAAGAAAUGAUUAUCAUUAAAACCAGGAAAAAAUGUUGUAGUGCCUAAUUUACAAAGAGGUGGCAGUGCUUAAUCUACACCACUGAGAUAAUGCUAGUUUCUGCAUUAAUUAUGUAUACAUAAUUAAUCUUUAUAGAGUGUGUAAAGAGAGUAACACAUUUUAUUAAUUUACUGAAACCAUGUGCAUCUUCCCACAUGAAAAUUAUUUUUGGGAUGACUUUGAUUCUUCACAGACUUCGGCAAAAACUAUAACAUGUACCAUGCCAAAUUCAUAUAGACCUUGCUAAUGGCUGAGAAAUGCAGAUUUAGAUUAGGUAGAGCUUUAAGAUCACAGUGAGGUAUGCGAUCAUGUGUUAGUAUUUGUUCUCCUGCUGGCAUGGUCACUCAAACAUACUUUGAAACAAUUAUAAGUACACUAUAUUUAAACUAAAUUGCCAUCACCAAAGAAUAUUUUUUUAAAAAAACUAUAUAAUAAUUAUAUGUAAAGGCCAAUUUUUCAAAAUUAAAAUAAAUUACAAUAUUAUUCAACAAAUAACCAUGUAAGAUUGAUAAAUAUUAUAGUUUCAUCUUGGAAAUGGUUAAAAUUGCCAAAUUUGUACUGGAAGAUCAACAGUUGAAGCUAUGUAUGUACAUUUUGGCAUGUAUUUCUAUAGUAUUGCCAUGUACAUCAUGUUCUUAGCAAAUUAAACAUUUUGUCACUGAUUUUUUUUGCUCUACUGCCUUCAUACUUUGAGCCACCCUUUAUUGCAUAAACUAUUUAUAGAUUUUAUCUGUUCCUUAUUAAUAUCAUAAUCAAAUAUCUUCCAGAAGAUCUUCAACGUGCACAAUGUCAACACACAGUGACUGGAGAAAGUAUUGCCAAUUUAUUUUAUAAAUAGUGUUUUUUUUUGCUACCAGCUUUUGCUAGCAAAGUAGUCGCUUUAAAACAGCAUUUAUAUUUCAUUUAAAAAAAGCAUAACUGACUUUUGUUUUCAAACUAUUAAACAUUUCCAACCAGGUGCUCUUGGACUACGCAAUGUCGAAGUCCACUCAGUAUGUUAGUUCAAUUACACAUACCAGAAGCAGUUGAGAAAAAAAAUGUACAAAAAUGUUCUGUUUUAAUUUUUCUUCAAUUGUACAUUCUAUUUGAUAUUUUACUGGUUUGAAUUUUUUUUUUUAAAGUCUUUUUCAAAACCAAAUGUGGCAUGCGAUGAUUUUUUAUUUUUAAGUUGAAUUGUACUUUUGUUGUGAAUAUUGCAUUGUCUAGUCUAUCGUUCUAUCAAAUUCAACAAAUCUAUAGAUUAAUCUUAUAAAUUUCUUAACAAAGAUUUGUUUAGGUCAUUAUUACUUUGAUUUUACAGUCCAAGUAUAGAUCAAUACUUGUUGCAAUCUUUCCCAUUCAUUUAUAGACUUACUGUAAGCAGGACCUAUUUACUGAUUCUCAGCAAUCUUUAAAAUUUCUGGUCCUUCAAAGUCAGAUCAAACAUGAACUAAUAUUAUAAUGCUGAGACUGUCAUCAAAUGUUCACCCUGGUGUUGUGGUCAUUAAGAUAACUUUGUCCAGAACAAAACAAAAUGAUAAUGGUAGAGGCACUUUGACAUAAUGAGGUAUGACUAGAUCUAAGGCAUAUUACUUUGAUUUUAAAGGAAGCAGCAGUUGCUGUUUGGUUGCUGUAGUCUGUUUAACUGAUGUCACACUUGCAAAGAGAAGCCUAUAGAAAGUUGGCUUCUGCUAUUGACCCAACUAACCUAUUUAAAAUUUAAGCUGCAAAUGUGUUCUCUGUCUCUAACAAAUGUUCAGAUGCAUCUCACCAGAGCUUUCUGGGCUUCUAUGUAAUGUUAUCUAUUGCCACAGAGUGGUAGCCAAUACCAGAGGUGUUCAGGAGCUAGCAGAAUUUUUUCACACUUUUCUGGCAUAAACUUAAGUGUUAAAUGGAAGUGCAGAUUGUAAGCAGGGUAGAAGAUCAUUCUCUUAUUUCCUAAGCAGAAUAAUUAGUCAGGCAGGGAAUUUAAACAAAAUAUUAUGAUGCAAAUUUAAUUAAAAUGGUCAGGUGAGGAGAGGUUUUUUUUGGAUGGUUUAUGAUCAAAUAAUGCAAGGGGCUGUAAUAUGCCAGUGCCCAGUUCUUGGGUAAAGCAAUAUUUAUAUUCGGCUUUCUGUAUAAAAUGAAAUUGAGAAACAAAAGUAAAUGUGCUCCCAUGUUAGUGGGUAGCACUAGUUAUCAGGCACUUUUUAAAAUAUUCAGAUAUUCUGGUGCAUGGAAUUUUCUGCCUGCCUUAGUGAAAUCUAUCAAUACUAGAAAAUUUAACUCUUAUUUUCUCUAGUAUUUAAUAAGGCAGCAAUUAGCUUUAUCCUUGGUCAGUUUCAUCACUGUCUGAAAUUGGUUCUUCCUCUACACUGCCCAAAGAAUGUGCCUUAACCCAAACUUCAGAGAGCACUUUAUUAUAUACCCAGAUGAUUUUUUCCUUCGCUUUCCACACCUUUAUGGCAAAUUGUGUUUGCCACUUUAGUGCCAAAUUAUAGGAAGUUUUCUAUGUUCUAUUUUUAACCCAGGUGGAACUGGGUGAAGCUAUCUUCAAAAAUAUUAUUUAUAGUAAGUACGAAAACUUUGAUUAACAAACAAUAGUUAAAUUUGAACCCAUACCAGAAACUCAAGUGAAUAUUAUCAACCUAUCAUAUGAACAAGCUCCUUUGCUCUUUUCCGAUUUCUAUACCAGACAUUCAUGAGUUCUUUUAUAAAUUUGACUCAAAUAAUGAAUAUCUUUGAAUCCUAGAGCUGCUCCAAAUCAGGAUAUGCAUUACCAGAGAAUUGCAACCAGGCAUUUUAUCCCAUCUGUUUAUUCAAUAUUCAAUCCAGCUUCUGGAGCGAAGGCAGUAUAUUAACCAACAUGGCAGCCCAUUGUCUGCAAUAGUAAUAUUUAAAUUAAGCCAAAGUACUCAACAGGUAUUAGCUCCAAGAUGAGUCAGAUUGAUAGCAAUUUUAUUUGCCGAUAUCAAAGCCAAAAUUUGGGCCAGAGACUCCUAAAUAAUUAAUACAUAAUAAUGAAAGACCCUUCUUAAGUAUAAAAAACAAGCCAGCAAAAUUAGUAUGUUGCAAAUAUGGAAGAUAGCAGGACAAUUCUAGUGGUUUAUGUUCCUUCUUUGCUUCCAUUAAUUUCAUUUUCAUGAUGUCCAGGAGAAUUUCACAAUUAUAUGUCAUAUAUCUCUGUGCUGUAGACAUCCUGAGACAUGUGAAUGGCCUCCUCCUGUAAUGUAAUUCUACAAGAUAUAAUAAUCUUUAUAAUUACAAUGAACUUUUAAUAUUUAUCGUGGCCCAAUAGAAAAAGGCUUAAUUGAAUGGACCAUUAAGCAAAAUGCAUUAAAUGAAUAAAAACUAUUGUAAGCUGAAUGCUUCAAUACAAUGGAAAGGCUCCUCUCUUAAAAAAAAGGCAGGGUUCAUUUUAUAGCAAGAUACAUUUGAAUUCUCUGAAGAGGAGGGUUUGAAAUUAGUGGGGGUGGCAUGGUAGCGUAGUGGUUAGCACAUCGUGUUACAGUACAGGCAACCUGAGUUCAAUUCCCACCACUGCCUGUAAGAUAUUUGAACGUUCUCCCUGUGACCUUGAGGGUUUCUUCCAGGUGCUCUGGUUUCUUCCUGCAGUCCAAAGGUGUACAGGUUUCCAGGUUAAUUGGUAAUUGUAGAUUGUCCCAUAAUUAGGCUGGGGUUAAAUCACGGGAUUUCUGUGCAGCACAACUCGACAGGUCAGAAGACCCUACUCUGCACUGAAUCUCAAAUAAAAAUAAAAUAAUGGAAGUAGUAUCAUACAUGUUUGCCUUUGAAGAUUGAUGUCAUAACAAUUCAAAGUAAUUCAUACAUUUAAAUUAUAACAGCUGAAUAAGGCAUACUGCUCAUAAAUGUUUAUAGUCAAACAUAACUUAAUCAACUUUAAGUCCUCUUAUUCAGACAGAAAAUAUUGUUCCAUUCACUUCAUUUAUACUAUAUUGCACAUGUGUACAUUUUGCAACGUCACAUUUACUUCUCCAAAAAUCCAACUUCUGAUCAAAAAUGUUACUCAGUUUUAUUGAAUAAAAGAUGUAGACAGGAAAGAACAUGAUUGUCUUAGAGGCAGGCCAUGUAUUGAUUAUUUGUUUUACUGAUGUGUAAAUUGGUGUAACAGCCAUUGAUAGAAUAAAACAUGUUCUGUAAUGCCACAAUCACAGUUCAUUUGUCAAUAUUUAUUUUUCACCUAUUGCUUCUACAUUUCUCCAUUUCUGUGUGAAAGUGAAUAUGCUCGAGAGAUUUUCUUGUACUUUUGUUUGCUGAGAUGCGAGUUCGGGAAUGUGAUCACUUUCAGAUGUGAUCAUCUGAAAGUCAGCCAUUCUUGUUUUUCCAUGUAUUGAGAAAGAAAAACUGAUUCAAUCAUAAGCAGUAUUUUUAAACCUCAAAUCGACUCUGUGAUGGCUAAUGGUCAAUGAAUAACCUGUGCUGCUAUUUGAUUGUGAAUCAUACAAGUUAAAUACAGCAAUUUAUUUACAAAUUCCUGAAGUGCUGUAACUCUCAUAUUCAUGAUAAAAUCUUGCUUAAGGAAGGAAUAGCAUGAUGUAACAUUUUCCAUUUUCAAACAUGGAUGCUUAAGAUUGGGAAUUCAGAAUAAAUAUUGCUUUCAUCCUUAUACUACUGGUAGAUAAAUUAGUUUUUGCAGAAUUCUCAUGCAUCGUAUAUGUCUGAUCUGUUGUUAGAGUUCUAAAUUUACAAACAUUUAUAUUAUAUGGUCCAACUCUGUAUACUACAUCACAGAAUAUUAUCAUAGGAAUAUAUUCUAUAUAAAUCACAAGUGAAUGACAGUUUUAGCCUUCAGAUUUUAAUCAGAUUAAAUUUAUGUGAAAUGUGUUUACUGAUUUCACAAAUGAUCUGUGCAACUUAUAUAUUGUUUGUAUCAUUUGGUUAUAGAAGUACAUUAAUUGAUUUUAAAUCUGAAUAAAAUUGUGGACAACAAUGCAA